GUCAUCAAAAAAGUCGCCGACUCUCGGCCUCUGUGCUAUUGUUCACCAUUGUGAAUCUCAAAUUGAGAUUGAGAUUCAGAGUGAGAGAGACUCUUGCUUCUAAAGACCACGGAAAGAUGCCUGUACUCUCUGUCCUUACUCCCGUUGCCGGAGGAGUAGUGAGCAAGGUGGCUUUACUUGCUACUGAUCAGUUGAGACUCGAUAUCAUCUGGGGGUUUCGCAAAGAGAUAAAAAAGCUCAAAGAAACCUCAACUCUGAUUGGAAAUAUAAUCCAUGAUGCCGCUGAUGAUGAAGCUGAAGAUCUGAAACCGCUGGCAAGGGCCGAGUGGAUGAAGAGGCUUAUAAGCGUAGCUUAUAAUGCAGAAGAUAUUCUGGAUGAAGUACAAUAUGAAGUUCAUCGCAUCGUUAUAAAGGAGACAAGCCUCGAUAAGAAGAUACUCGGCUUCUUCUGCAACAAUCCUCUUGUAUUUCGUCUCAAGAUGGCCCGCAAGAUUUACGAAAUCAACAUAUCCUUGGAGGAUCUCAACAACCAAGCAGCUGGCGUGGGACUCGUCAGAUCAAAUGGAGGGGCAGCAGCCAAUCAAGGUUUGCAGGACAGGGAAACAACCUCAUUCUUUGAGAAAAAUGAAUUCACCUUCAAAGAUGCAGUCACUGUUGGAAGGGAUCAGGUUGUGACAGAUAUAAUUGCAACCUUGACCAACUCCAACAAUCAAGAAAAUAUUCUUUCGGUGAUGGCCAUUGUGGGAUUGGGAGGCUUAGGUAAAACAACUUUGGCUCGCUUAAUUACCAAGAAACUGAAAGAAGGUGAAUUGGAAAAGCACUUUGAUACAACGCUCUGGGUGUACGUAUCUAAUACUUUUGAUGUCAAUUCAAUUUUACAUCGAAUGGUGCAAUCAUGUGGCGUGACAGGAAUAGACUCUUCAAAUCGGCAAGCAUUGAUGGAAAGCCUCCGGCAGAAGUUGGAACAGAAAAAGUAUUUUCUUGUAUUUGAUGACGUCUGGAAUGAGGAUGCUAAUAAGUGGAAUGAUUUAAAGAGUUGUUUGUUGCAACUAAACUCUGCCAAAGGAAGCUCUGUGAUUGUCACCACACGUAGAUCCAAUGUUGCAUCAAUCAUGGAAACACUUCCUAGGUGGAAUUUAGAAACUUUAUCGGAUGAUGAAUGUUGGUCCAUAUUGAAGGAUAGAGCACUUGCAGAUCCUAAUGCUUCCAUAGCUUCAGAACUAGAGGAAAUCGGAAGGGACAUUGCCAAAAAGUGUGAUGGUCUUCCAUUGGCGGCAAAGGUUCUGGGAAGCUUGAUGCGUUCUAAGAACAGUACGAAGGAUUGGUUGUCAGUUCUAGAAAGUCAAAUAUGGCAUUUAUCAUCCGACAAUGAGGAUAGUAGGAUCAUGUCGGUUUUGAAGUUGAGUUUUGACAAUUUGAAAUCACCACUGAAACAAUGUUUUGCAUAUUGCUCCAUGUUCGAAAGAGGUUACUCAAUUGAAAGAGAUAAGUUGAUCCAACUAUGGAUGGCUCAAGGUUUUCUCCAUCCUUCUCAUGAUCACCGAAGCAAGCAAGAGAUUGAAAACGAGGAUAUAGGCAAUAAGUAUUUCGAGACUCUACUGGAGAACUCCUUGUUUCAAGAUGUUAUAGAGCAUAAGAAUAAGGAUGGUUUUAUUAUCACCUAUUGCAAAAUGCAUGAUCUUGUGCAUGAUCUUGCAAACGAAGUAUCCAAGUUUGAGAGCUUGACACCAGACUUCAAUCAUGAGAAGGAUGAUCAUGAUAUACUUAUUCGACAUGUUGCACGGAUUCCUACUCCGACACUAGAAGAAAUGUCAAAAAUAAGUAUUUCAAGAUUGCGAACACUCUUUUUGAAUAACUAUGUCUCUAAUACCAUUUUCCAAAAGCUUACGACUUUACAUGUCUUGAGUUUAUCUAGUUAUGAGAUUAAGAAGUUGCCAAAUUUACUUGGCAAGCUGAAGCACUUGAGGUAUCUAAAUCUUUCUGAUACAGGAAUUGAAGCACUUCCAAAAUCUAUUGGCAAGCUCUAUAACCUCCAAACAUUGAGAUUACCGGAGUAUUGUCUCAGAGAGUGUCCAAAGGAGAUUCAAAAUUUGAUCAACCUGAGGCAUUUUUACUUUGGUGAGGCACUGGAAUUUGAGGCUGGGAUUUUGGGGCGGUUAACUAAUCUCCGAACAUUGGCUUCCUUUAAUGUGAGUAAGAAGAAGAGAGGUCUUGCAAUUAAGGAGUUGGGUGGGUUGAACCAAUUGAGAGGCCACUUAAUUAUUAAUGGGCUAGAACAUGUAAGGGAUGGAGAAGAAGCAAAUAAGGCUCGCUUAGUGGAGAAGAGUCACUUAAACUCACUGACUUUUAACUGCUUCUCCUGGACCAUGCCAACUGAUAACAAUCAGACGGAUGUACUAGAUGGCUUGGAACCUCAUGGUAACUUGCAAAGCUUGAAGAUUUCCGGUUUCAUGGGUGCUAGAUUUCCGUCAUGGAUAACGAGUCUCCAAAAUUUGAAGCACAUUACGAUAGAUAAUUGCUACAAUUGUGAAGUAGUCCCAACACUCGGCCAUCUACCUCAUCUAAGAUCUCUUGAGAUUGAAUGGAUGAAAAAGCUGAAACGUCUGGGAGCUGAGUUUUAUGGUUAUAGUGAUACUAGCACAACUUUAUUUCCAGCUCUGAAAACACUAUACAUCAUUGGGUGCGAUGAGCUCAUUGAAUGGAUGGAAGCACCGAGGAUAUCAGCUGAAGGAGAGGUCGUGAAGGUAUUUCCUUGCCUCGAAGAGUUGCUGAUAGUUGGUUGUGACAGCCUAGAGUCGAUUUGGAUCACACAGGGCAUUGCAUCUCUCCGUCAAAUGAACAUCUUCAGUUGUAAGGGAUUAUCAAGCCUAGAGGUUGGGCUCGAUUACUGCACCUCUCUUCACGAGUUGGAGAUACGUAAGUGCCCUAAUCUGGUUUCAAUUCCAAUCGCACAGGGCAUGCCGUCUCUCCGGAAAUUGAGGAUUGCUGGUUGUCAAAGAUUAUUAAGCCUACCGAGUGGACUCCAAUUCUGCACCUCUCUUGAGUAUCUGGAUAUAACUGAUUGUGACAGCCUAGAGUUGAUUCGGACCACACAGGGCAUCGCAUCUCUCCGUGAAUUGAUGAUCAAUAAUUGUAUGGGAUUAUCAAGCCUAGAGGUUGGGCUCGAAUACUGCACCUCACUUCAGGAGUUGAGUAUACUGGGUUGCCCUAAUCUGGUUUCAAUUCCAAUCGCACAGGGCAUGCCGUCUCUCCGGAAAUUGAACAUCUCUGGGUGUAGGGGAUUAUCAAGCCUAGAGGUUGGGCUCGAUUACUGCACCUCUCUGCAGGAGUUGGAGAUACAUGAUUUCCCUAAUCUGGUUUCAAUUCCAAUCGCACAGGGCAUGCCGUCUCUCCGGAAAUUGAACAUCUCUGGGUGUAGGGGAUUAUCAAGCCUAGAGGUUGGGCUCGAUUACUGCACCUCUCUGCAGGAGUUGGAGAUACAUGAUUUCCCUAAUCUGGUUUCAAUUCCAAUCGCACAGGGCAUGCCGUCUCUCCGGAAAUUCAGCAUCCAAUGGUGUGGAAGAUUAUCAAGCUUAGGAAGUGGGCUCAACUACUGCACCUCUCUUCAGGAAUUGGAGAUAAGGGAUUGUGAUAAUCUAACAUCAAUUCCAAUCACACAGGGCAUCACAUCUCUCCGGAAAUUGAAUCUCUACAGGUGUGAUGGAUUGUCAAGCAUAGGAAGCGGGCUCAACUACUGCACCUCUCUUCAGGAGUUGGAGAUAAGGGAUUGUCAUAAUCUGGUUUCAAUUCCAAUCACACAGGGCAUCACAUCUCUCCGGAAAUUGAGGACUGAUAGUUGUCAGAGAUUAUUAAGCCUACCGAGUGGGCUCCAAUUCUGCACCUCUCUUCAGCAUCUGGGUAUUGGUCCGUUGUGGGAGGAGCUGGACGCCUUCCCUGAUUUUCAGCUUCCACCUAAUUCACAACUUGAAUACCUAGUGUUGCAGGGGUGGCCUAAGCUCAAGUCUCUGCCCCAACAAAUUCAGCACUUGACUUGUUUAAACUUUUUCUUCAUACAUAAAUUUAUGGGACUGGAGGCUCUUCCUGAGUGGUUGGGAAAUCUUACAUCUCUCGAGUCUCUGACAAUCUCAUGCUGUGAGAAUCUCAAGUAUCUGCCUACACAAAAUGCUAUGAAAAACCUCACCAAAUUGAAGUACCUCUACAUUGGCGGAUGUCCCCUGCUCAAAGAAGGAUGCACCAAGGAGACUGGCCCAGAAUGGCCCAAGAUUUCUCACAUUCCAAAAGUUCUCUUUAGCGACUGGAUGCCUGCCUGACAAAACUACAAUGUAUGGUCGUCCUUUUAAGAAGAAAUGUAUUAUCAAUUGUUCUCAUUCAAGUUACAAGGCUCUAUCAUAUUUAAUGGGAAGAUCAGAAGAUGCUGAGUGAGUGAGGAUCCAGUCGCAAUAGUUCAAUCACCUUCAUGCCAUGUAUGGGUUAUUUGCUAUGUUCCAUUGAAGAUGAGUUAUAGUAUCAGCUAUAUGAAUGAGAAGUAUCCACCUAAAGUGGAAGCUAUGCAAUCAAAAUAUGCACUGAGGACAGCCGACGUGAGUGGCUGACAUCUUAUAUUCCAAAGGUCUGCGUUGAAGCUAUGAGAGACCUCCAUAAACUAGCGCAGAUUCAUGGGGUUCAAGUUCUAAAGGAAACAAGUGCCUUGAGUGUUUGAAAUUUCAGUUGUGCUCGAUGAUUUCCAUUCACGUUCUAAGUUAAACCAGUUCCUAAAAUCAUUUUGUUUUGGCAUAAUUUGUAAUUUCUCACCAGGCCGCAAUAUCUUGCUCAAAUGGAACGACUUAACUGGAUCUGGUGAGAACUAAAUUCAGAUUGUCCCAAGGAUCAAGGAAUUGGAGCACCCAAAUUCGUGAUCUCAGGUUGCUGCUGUUUAUUUGGCUCUUGCAAAGGCUGGUAACUUUGGCCUAUAUUGAAAACAAACUCCAUCUGCAUCUUGGAUAAGCCAUUUAGUCAAUCAUGCAAACAAGCCUUCUAUUAUCUGCGAGCUGUAUGAAGAACCUCCUGUUACAGAUUUCGCAUUUUUGUGCUCUCGUGGUGUUUCUAUGAAAGCUUAACUAACGGAGCAACAAAUGAGUUCUGGAGGAACCGGACAAUUGGGUACCGUGGGCUUGUUUAUGAGUUACUCGUAUAUGUUGUGGAGCUUAUUGUGAGCUUCUCGGCAGUUCUUUUACUUUCCAGUAUCAAGGCAUAUUUUUGGAGAUUUGAGCAAUUAUCUGUGGCUUGAUUUUCAUGGAGAACUGGGAGAUCAAAUGUUUGUGAGCUUUUGUUGUAAUUGGGGUUCUCUGUUGAGAAGGGUUUGGAGAAAAUAUGAGAUUAUUUGAGAAAGAACAUGUUAGUGUAUUAUUGCUGUGGAAGUAGCCCAAAUUGGGGUGAGCCACAUGAAAA